AUGUUGAAUACUUCAUCAACAGUACCUGUUUACGAAGAUUCAGUGUCAGAAUCGGAAUCAGAAGGAUCAUUAGUUUCCGUAGAGCCAUCUAUAACAGCUCAGGAAACAAUAAGCUCUUCAGCUAAUGAAGAGUACGACUCAGAUGAGUCUAAUACUGGUAAUGACGGCAUAAAUGGGUGUUCUGACAAAAUAUUUGUUGCUAGAGCUGGUGUGAACUUUUUCAAUUUACCUCAGAAUAAUUCAAUUAUAAUCUGUCUUCAUAAAUAUGAACAGCUUAUGAUUUCAGGGACGUUUCAAGCUCAGAUUAUCAAGGGUGGAAUAACUUACAAUUCAGUACAUUAUAAUGGUGGGCCCCAAUUUCUUGAAUUUUGGCAUCCAAUUUCUGAUUCUAUCCCCCCUAUUGUCGCUUCAUUCUAUGCAGCUUGGGAAGAGCGUACAUUCAAUGGUGCUACAACAGUACCCUUAGAGACGAUGAAUGAGUAUGAGUGCAUAAUAAGAGUGAAAAACGGACCAAAUAUUCACGAUGUAAGCAAGUUCACACAUGAACUGGCCAAGUUAUGGACUGAAGAAUACAUUUCAACCCAGGGACAAACAUUUAAAAUACUGAAUGAAAACGAUGAGUCUGUUCGCAAACUGCUAAUAAGCAAACAAUGGUCAAAGACAAUUGAUGAGAUGAUGCUGCACCAUAUGAACUGUGAAGCAGAUACACGCGUGCUGUGUAUUGGAGGUAAGAAGAGCGGUAAAAGUACUUUACUAAGGCUUUUAAUGCAGAAAUUUCUUCAUGGGUGCAGAGCAGCAAGCACCGAUGAAAAUAACACUUUACCUCAUGACGCAGAUAUGGUUCACUAUUUAGAUAUGGAUCCAGGUCAACCGGAGUAUUCUGCGCCCGAUUCAAUAUCGUGGUGUAAAGUUACUUCAAAGUCAUUAUCGUUAGGCCAGCAUCUGGCUCAGGGGAAAAGAGAAAUGCUAAAAGAGAUAUAUAUAGGGUCGUCAUCGCCGCAGUCAUGGCCUGAAACCUAUAUUACAUCUAUGGAAAGCAUUAUCACUGCAUGGGAAACAGAAAAUUUGAUGGGGACAUCAGUAUUAAAUUUACCAGGUUGGGUUAAAGGAUUUGGUAUUAAAAUCAUAAAUAAAGCUGUAGAGCUGUUCAAACCAACCCACAUAGUGUUUUUGAUACAUGGAAAUAAACCAAUAUCUAAGGAGAUAAUUGUCCCAGAUAUGUUCACAACGUCUCAAAGAGAGUUCUAUCAACCUUUUAUUUAUAAUAUACCCCUGUUUCAUUAUCAUCCAACCAUCGGUCAGUCCUCUCAAGAUCCACGUUUUCAUGCUGCAAACAUCAGACAAUUUCGAUUAUUGGCAUAUCUUCAUAGAAAACAGAACCUCUUAUAUGAUCCAGAACCUCUUCUUAAAUCUGCGCCUCUCCAAAUAUCGUUUGGAGUUGAUGGCAUCAAGGCCUUUCAAUUUCUACAACACAGGUCGCAACAGUUUCACCCCGAUGAUAUAGCAAAUGUUUUACAAGGUUGCGUUGUAGGAAUUUUCAUUACACAAAGGCUACCAGAGGUUAAAUUCCAGGGUCCCUUCCCAAUGGCCAAAACUGCUGUUUAUGCACCUGAAAUGGAAUUUAUCACACUAGCUUUAAUUCAUUCGAUAGACACUAAAAACAAGUUCAUCAACAUAUACGUGCCUGGGCAUAGACUAGAAUACCUUCAAGCGGCCACUGGUCAUUUUGUGCUAAUUAGAGGCAAUACAGAUACUCCAAUUGGCGAACUGUAUCCAUACGUCAUAUUUGGUUCGGCCAAUGAUGAUGUUCCUUAUAUUAAUUUUGGAAAAAAGAAGAAGCAUGAACAUGUGUGGAAAGUGCGGAAGAAUAUUAAGAGAAGAGGCCACUUUAUUAAGUGUUAG